GAUAUAGUUCGGACUCGGAUGACGCACCACUGGCAUCGCCGCCUCGUGUCUGGGACUCCACUCCACAACUCGCAAAUUUGGAAGAGCGAUGGGGGGAAAGAUAAAAGCAGCUCCCUGGUCGGUCGCUCGCCACAUACCCCACCUCUCAUAAGCCCUCAUAUUUGUUCUUUGCUUUCUUCUAUGACUGCAUACUACUCUCCUUCCACGGCCCGUGCUGAACAGCGCAAACUGCGAGCGGGCGUUGCCGACUGGGCGGAGGAUGUGUCGCGCAGUACGCCUUCGACUCACCGGCAAUCUCGGGACCGCAGCGCGACGAUACACUCUCAUAUUCAUUCCCCGCGCCACCACGACACAUCGACGCUCUCCCCUGACGACUCUAUGUCCCAGGUUGCCAGCAGCCGCCACACCCGCUCCCACACCCGCUCUUCUCACUCGCGCAGCGACGACUCCCCCCGGCGGCGGCAUACGACUGGCUCGCGAUACUACUCCCGGACCGUCUCUCCCCCCGGGCCGGCGACGUCGUACCCACCCGCACAUGUCCACGCUCCCGUUCCCUCGGCCUACGUCGUCCAUCCCGCACGCGGGCACUCUCCGCCCCGUGUCGACUUCGUUUACCCCCCGCAAAUUGUCCCCGUUCCGCACCCGGUCCAGAUUGUCGAGUCGCCCGUCAUCUAUUCUCCGUCGGUGUCGCCGAGCUCCUCGCGGCGCAGCAGGGGCUCAGUGUUCUCGCGGAUAUUCGGGCAGGGGAAAGCCAAGAGGAGGCGCAGCAGGAGCGUCAGCGUCGAAAGCUAUCGAUACUAG